CCAUCGAAACAGAGCAAAGCAUCCUGGGGCAUGUAGUCUUUGCAGUUUAUUUCCCUAAGUCCUUCGCGUUACUGUUUUGAGUCCCGCCUAGUUUCUGCUCCCCUAAACCUUUACACGUGUCUUGGUUUAUUUGAAGACCAGGAAGUUGAUAGCUCCUGAGGCCGGCUGCGGAAAGACGGUGGCUCGGUUGGGACAGUCGCCAGGGAUGGCGGAACGUGAGAAUGGAGCGAGUGUCCGGGCUGCUCUCCUGGACGCUGAGCAGGGUCCUAUGGCUCUCAGGCUUUUCUGAGCGGGGAGCUGCCCGGCAGCCCCGGAUCAUGGAAGAGAAAGCGCUAGAGGUUUAUGAUUUGAUUCGAACUAUCCGGGACCCAGAAAAGCCCAAUACUUUAGAAGAACUGGAAGUGGUAACGGAGAGUUGUGUGGAGGUUCAGGAAAUCAAUGAAGAAGACUAUUUGGUUAUUAUCAAGUUCACACCAACAGUACCUCAUUGCUCUUUGGCAACUCUUAUUGGACUGUGCUUAAGAGUAAAGCUUCAGCGGUGUCUGCCAUUCAAACACAAGUUGGAAAUCUACAUUUCUGAAGGAACUCACUCGACAGAAGAAGACAUCAACAAGCAGAUAAAUGACAAAGAGCGAGUGGCAGCUGCGAUGGAGAACCCCAACCUACGGGAAAUUGUGGAACAGUGCGUCCUUGAGCCUGACUGAGAUGUCUUAGGAGCCAGUGACCUGUAAUCAUUUGCUCUGUUUGUUUAAAUCUUUGUAAAAUUCGGGACUCACGUUGAAUAUGUAGGUGAUUUGUACCUCAAAGCAUUUUUUUAAAGUUUUUUUGUGUUUUUGUUUGUUUGUUUUUGUUUUUUUGAGACAGGAUUUCUCUGUGUAACAGCCCUGGCUGUCCUGAAGCUCUCUUUGUAGCCAGGCUGGCCUCAAACUCACAGAGAUCCCCCAGCCUCUGCCUCCUGAGUGCUGGGAUUAAAGGCUGCACCACCAUCGCCUGCUUUUUUAAAGGAUUCUUUCCGAGCAGUUAUGAAGUAGAACCUAAUUGUUCAGAGAGUAACAUUCUCAGGAUUUCUAACCUAAGUGAUCAGACAGAAAAAUAUUUUCUAGUUAUUAUGUGUAAAAUGUUACUAUUUUUCUGAUGACCAUUCUGAUACAACUGCCCUUCAUGUCAAAUAUCUACUGUGCCCAAAUGUAUUUCGUUUAAAUCAUCAUUCUAAAUAAAUACAACAGAUGAUUCUUA